AAAUGAGUGAAUUCAAUAAAGAAAAAGCUGACAACGAACCAGAAGUACACAAAAUCAGAAUCUCAUUGGUUUCUACUCAAGUUAAAAAAUUAGAAAAAGUCUCCAAUUCAAUUAUCAGAAAUGCUGUUCAACAUGAUUUAGUUAAAAAAGGCCCAGUUAGAAUGCCAACUAAAGUUUUAAGAAUUAGCACAAGAAAAACUCCAAAUGGUGAAGGUUCAAAGACUUGGGAUGCCUAUGAAAUGAGAAUUCACAAAAGAGUUAUUGAUUUACAAGCACCAGCUAGUAUUGUUAAGAAAAUCACUCAAAUCACUAUCGAACCUGGUGUAGAUGUUGACGUUACCAUUGCUGCUUAGAUUUAGUAUUUUACUUCUGAUUAUUUAAAUCAAAUAUGUUCAAGUAUAUUAAUAUUACGUUGUUUCAUUUUUACAUUAUUAUAUUAUUUUAAUUUUUCAUUGGUUAUUGUAUUAAAUUUAAUUUUCAAAAAUAUAUGUCAAUUGUACUUUUUAUUUAUUACAGAUUUCAUUUAUUACAAUAACUUUCAUAUAGAAAAAUAACAGUGUAAACAUAAAGCUUAAUUAUUUUUGAAAUUUUUCAAACCUCACUAGUGGGUUUUUAUUUUCUUUACUUUUAAUUUUAACCAAUGGCUGAUGAUUUCAAUUUAAAUUAAUUUAGGAAUUGGGAAUAUAAAUUAAUUAUAGAAUAACGUUUUUCUUUGAGCAAAAAACAAAUGAAACAAUAAUAAAAAAAAAGGGAAUACUUGUAGAAGUUUUAUUUGAUCCAAAGUUAAAAUGUAAAGCGCAGAAAAGAGAG